AUGACUGCACAUUUAAUAUCUGCUAGACUACAGAAUCGAUCGGUUCAUUCUCGUCAUCCCAACUCGACCUCAUCUACUCCUCCUCCACGUCGCCGCACUCUCUUCCGCCGGCUCUUCAUAUUCUCCAAAUACACGCUCUAUCUAUCUCUGACCUCCGUCGUCGGUCUUGUCGUCCUUACUUCCUUCCUGUUCAUCCACGACCUGUUCACCUAUACUUCCCGACACGUCGACCGUGUACCUAUGAACCCAUUGGCACUCCAUCUCGAACGUGGCGGUCCGAAAAACCUCCCUAUCGCUCGUGUUCUAGUCGACGAUGACGAGGACGAGGACAUGCAUCGCAUUGCGAGGGACAAACCUCGUUUGGUCGUUGUAGGAGGCGGUUGGGGUGCCAUGGGCGUGUUACAGACACUACAUCUCGGAGAUUAUCAUGUUACUGUCGUGUCCAACGAGACGUUUACCACAUUCACACCGCUCUUGCCUUCUGCUGCAGUAGGAACCGUACAAAUCAGGAGUCUUAUUGAGCCAAUUAGGAAGAUCGUGGCCAGGCUAAGAGGUCAUUUCGUCAACGGGAAGGCGGUCGAUGUUGAUUUUGGGCAGAGGUUGAUUGAGAUUGAAUGUGUCGGGAACGGAGAAAGGGUUUACAUUCCCUACGACAAGUUAAUCAUAGCAGUCGGUUCGACGUCGAGUACACACGGCGUCCCAGGCUUGGAACAUUGUUUUCAACUCAAAACCAUUGCUGACGCGCAGGCCAUUAGAAGAAGGGUCAUGGACAACUUUGAGAUCGCCUCUCUCCCCACUACCUCUCCCUCUGAACGAAAACGCCUUUUGAGCUUCGUUGUAUGUGGCGGUGGACCGACCGGUGUUGAGACUGCAGCGGAGAUAUUUGACUUUUGUCAGGAGGACAUCAUGAAUUACUUCCCGAAAAUUUGUCGUGAGGAAGUAUCGAUCCAUGUCAUCCAGUCGAGGGGGCAUAUCCUGAACACAGUGAGGGUCUUUAUAUACGUUGUUCUUCGCCCGCUAGUUGUGUUAUUCUACUCGGAAGCGAUUUCACAAUAUGCCGAAGACAAAUUCAAGAGGGAUGGGGUUAACCUAAUUACGAAUGCAAGAGUCGCCGCUGUUACUCCAGAACAUGUCAUAUACACGUCCAAAAACGAAGACGGGAAAAUGGAACAACAUACGAUUCCAACGAAUUUUACGCUUUGGUCAACUGGUAUUGCGAUGAACCCGUUUGCGAAGAGGGUGACGCAACUUUUGCCUAAUCAGUUCCACAAAAAGGCCAUCGAGGUCGAUGCGCAUUUGAGGGUGAAGGGUACACCACAAGGCACAGUCUAUGCUGUUGGUGAUGCUGCUACGAUCGAAACCUCACUUGUUAGCCACUUCCUCGAGUUCGUUGAGGAAGCGGAUCAAAAUAAAGACGGGAAGAUCGAUUUUGAUGAAUGGGAGGUUAUGGUUAAUAGAAUAAAACAAAAGAUCCCAAUGGCUGAAGAUCAUGUUAGCAAGGCCCGUGAAAUAUUCACAAUGUACGACGUUAACGGGGACAAUGCCCUUGAGCUGAACGAGCUCGUAAAGCUAUUGGAGGAUUUGGGAAAUAAAAUUACUAGUCUGCCUGCUACUGCUCAAGUUGCUUCACAACAAGGAAAAUAUAUCGGGAAAAAGCUCAACAAGUUAGCCAGACGGAUGGAACGACAAGAACAAGAACAAAAGAUGGAGACCACGCAGCCGUCUGCUGGAUCUGCCACUGCCAAUACUUCUUCUGAAUCUGCCAGAAACCUGAUUCUCAUCCCUGACGAAGCCAUCUCUGCUCCCUUCCGAUACUUCCACCUUGGGUCCCUCGCGUACAUUGGGAACGCUGCAGUGUUCGAUUUAGGCAAAUACUCUUUCAUGGGUGGUCUAGCGGCGAUGUACGCCUGGCGAAGUGUUUAUUGGAACGAGCAGGUGUCGGUGCGGACGAGGGCAUUGUUAAUGAUUGAUUGGAUUGUCAGGGGUGUAUGGGGCAGAGAUCUGUCGAGGCUCUAGAUUUUCGGCAUCUCUUGUGUGUUUACCAAGAUAUCCGAAGUGAAAAGUAUGAAAAUUCUGUGGGAGUUUAGGAGAAAGGACUACAUAAAUUGUGUAUUAUGGUUAUGCUUUGAUUAUUAUCACUUAAUCUCACUAUACCAUAGUAUUGUUAUGCAUCGGAGUAGAGUCGCGAACGGACGCGAAAUAUUAGAGCAUUGGGACCAAAUUCUUGCAU